UUUCGACUCAAGCAGCAUAAAUCUUAGUUUAUAUCCGUCUGGUUAAUAACCCAAAUAUUUUUUACGAAGUCAAUAUGACCAAAUUAAUUCAUCUUGGUGAGGCUAAGAUAGUCCGACUGGCAAACUGAAUGAAAUUCAAUUCAUUCACGAAAGCUCAACAAUUCUAUUGUAAGAAAUUCUAAACACAGAAACUGGGAGCAUAUUACAAAAUUCACAGUGAAGUGAACUUUCCAGUUUACAGUAACCUUUAAGUAAUCUUCAGAACUAAACAAGACACCAAUUUUUCGAUCAAGAUUUUGGCACAAUGUGGCACUUAGUGACAUUAUCCCCAACAUGAGAAGUAGACACCAAAUCCUUUGUAUCAGCGCUGUUUGGAUGGCGAUUGCAACUCUAAUCAUGAUACCAUCAUCCACGGAGGAUUCUAUCAACUACUUCAACGCCUCGUUAUCGUCAGCGUACGAGGGCACCAACUUCGUGGAUAUCUACCACAAUGUCACUGUGUAUCCGGAAGGUGCUGUCUGGAACGCUGAACUCAUCCAGAGGGUGGUGACCCUCGCCAUCAUCAUGACUGCCACCCUAGUGGGGAACACCAUCAUUGUCCUGGUACUGUCGAGAUCGAGGUACAGGAAGAGGUCUUCUAGAGUUAAUAUCUUCAUUCUGAAUCUCGCCAUUGGUGAUCUGGCCGUGUGUUUGAUAACUAUGACAUCGGAGCUUCUCUUUGAAGUUUUCGGAGAGUGGAUAUUGGGUGCAGCCGCGUGCAAAGUAAUCGUUUACGGGCAGAUCGUGACGUUGGCCAGCACCACCUUCAUCCUGACCACCAUGAGUUACGACCGGUACCAGGCCAUUUGCUCCCCCCUUCGAAGCACGGGCGGCGUCAAACAGGCAAAGCGGAUGAUCGCCGGAUCCUGGCUUCUGGCUUUUGUGUUCGCCAUUCCACAGAUAUUCAUAUUUGUGCAAAAAGAGAACGGCAUAACGGAAACUGGUCGCAUCCGCUACGAGUGCGUCAGUCGCGGUUACACCGCCCCCUGGCAGCGGAAGGUUUACUUCAUGUGGCUGACCUUCUACAUCCUCAUAAUCCCCGCCGGAUGCAUUAGCUACUGCUACAUCAACGUCCUGCGGACUGUCUGGGCGGCCGGCCAGGAACAGAGCCGGACGUCCAGCAAAGGAGGAGGGGCCAGUGGAACUGAAGGACCCCAUUCCACUAUCCGGCUGCGGCGGUCCUUCAAUGCUGCUUCCACCAUUCCCAGAGCCAAGAUCAAGACGCUCAAGCUUACUGUUUGCAUCAUCGCUAGCUUUAUCAUUUGCUGGACACCCUACUUUAUAGUUCACAACAUUAGGAUUUUCAGCAACUACACCAUCAAGGUUCCCAAGACAGUCAUCAUCGGUGCUGAAACUUUCGCAUUGCUCAACAGCGCUCUCAACCCUAUUUUCUACGGCUACUUCAAUGUCCGAGUUCGCAAAGGCUUCAUUGAGAUCGUCUACCGAAAGAAGGAGUUCAACAGGGAUCGAGUCUGCAAUGGUAUGUCCGGAGAGACAUCCUAUAGCAGCACCAUCCUGCAGCAUAUGGAGAAUAGGCCUCCAACGACGCAAAUGGUGUUGGAAAUGUCCGAAUUCACCUACAGAGGGCACAACAAUGGUGGCCCUUAUUACAGGACUAGGCGAAGCCCAAGGUCCAUGAAAAGGCGUUCGAUACAUGGCAACUCAGUGGCUCGGUUAUGACAGGAGAAGUGCUACUGUGACCAGUGUUACAGUGACGUUGCUCUGUAACAGACGAGCCCGAGUCCAAAAUGCUAGAUUUAGACAUAAAAAUUCCUAGUUGUCUCUCUAAGUGUCAAUCUCUCUGUCGUGUUUCUACGAUAGCUCAACUCCUGAGCUUCAAGUGCCAUGACUCAUGUUAGAUUCCGAUUUAGAAAUCUUCGUGACUUUUAGGGGAUACUUUUAUGGAAAUUCAGAACUGUUUGAGUCGAUGACACUGGCAGGAUGGUACUGGUAUAAACGCUGUCAGCGUUUACGACAGUGUUCUGUGAUAUGGUUAAGGACUGAAGAAGUAUUAAAAUAUUGUAUAUUCUUGAAUCAAUAGAAAUACAUUAAAUGUUCAUUAAGUGAAUGCGAUGUUAAAAUGAAGAGUUUGAACUGGCAUAAAAGAAUUAUGUAGCCAGCAAGAAAGGAAUGUCUGCUCUUGUAGCACAAACUGAUGAUUUUGUCAGCCUUUAUUGAAUACUCGGAUACGAAUGAAACUGUCUCAAAAAUGUGUAUUCAAAUAUGUGAAAAUAUAGUUAUAAUCAGAUAGUGAUUCUAUGUAUAAAGAAUUAAAAUAUUCAAAUUGCACUGUUCUGAACUUCUGAACAGGAAAUGCUGUUACUAGUUAAUGAAUGUAUAUUAUAAAUCAAGAAUGUGAACAAUAAUUAAGAAGAAUUAAUCUUCGACUAUUUUUUCUGAAAUACAGUGAAUUGAAAUUUCUGUUUGGGUCAAUUGAAUGCAUCCUACGCAUUUUCAAAGAGUGCUAUAAUUUUUAAUUGAAUUUAAAAAAAUCAUAUUUCGUCAUGUCUAAUUGCAUUUAUAUUUCACCACUGUAGGAAGGUAGAAAAAUCAGGAGAUGUUAUAUUCAAAUUGCUUUCAGCUUAGCCUCUACUUUAAAUAAAAACAGUCAUUUCUGAGGUUGAGUAUUUCUUUGACAAUGUUUCAUUCCUGAUAGAUGUCUUAUUAAUGCCAUUUCAACUGGUUAUUUCCCCUCUGUGUACGUAAAUCGGUAGUUUUAGAUAACGACAUAACGACUGUACAAAUCUGCUUAGUUUUGCCUGCUUGUUACUCAAAAGAAUGUGGAUUACUGUAUUUUUGGAAACGGAUUUUCUAUUGUGUGCACCAUAAAAAUAUAUAUAUUAGAUGCUUUACCAACUGACUGUUACUAGUAAACGAAUAUAUAGUUGGCGUUUAAUUUACUAAAUGAAAUUAUUUAAGCAAAUAUAAAAAAGAAUUCGCUGUAUUUUAGAUAAUGUAACUAUUGAAAGAUUCAUUCCAGUGUCUCUAC